AUUCAUUCAGUGGCAGGAAGUUUUUUUACUGGCAAUGUUGGUUUUGAAAUCCUACAUUUUUCUGUGAUUAACGCUAUUCACGUCUUGUCAAACCAUCAGAUUAACAACGCAGUUUGUGGACCAGCAAACUUGAUUGGGGUUAUAACUCUGGAUGGGAUCAUCCUAAAUCCAUCUGGAACAUGGAUCUUGGACUGCUCUUUGCUGAACCCCAGCAGAUGGACCUGAGAGUGACGUUGAAAGAAGACGUAGAGGAGGAGGAGGACUAUGGCCAUAUGAUUCCAUGCGAAGAUGAACAAGACCAAGAAGAAAAGCCCUUUGCAGAGCUUAACUGUAAAACUGAAACGGACUUAUCCGACUACAAUAUUAUUUACAGUGAACCACUACAGACAACAGCGAAGAUUUAGGUGAAGGUCGAAGACGAGGAUGAGCAUCUACAAGAGUACGAUUGUCUGCAGGAACGUGUAUCAGAACACCCACAUGUAAUGCAACAGAAGAUCCAUGGACAGAAUGAUGAACUCAAUCUGCAGCUGCAAGGAAGGCUGCACCACUGCACAGUCUGCAGGACGAGUUUCACAGCCCUGAAAGAACUCAAGAAACACCAGAAGAUGCACUUAGUAAGGGUGAAUGAAAAGCAGAACUCAAGCAAAAAACAGCAUACAUGUUCUUAUUGUGAAAAGAUACUUAAGACAGCCAGAAGUCUUAAAUGCCACAUGCUUAUACAUGCUAACAUAAGGAAUCCUAAAUGUGCCCAGUGUGGAAAAGCAUUUUCGAACCCUUCAAAUCUUAAAACCCACAUGAUGCUCCACACUGGAGAGAAGCCUCAUAAAUGUAUCCAGUGUGGAAAAGCAUUUCAGAACUCUUCAAAUCUUGAAACCCACAUGAUGCGUCACACAGGAGAGAAGCCUUUCAAAUGUACCCAGUGUGGAAAAGCUUUUAGAUUAUCGCAAGCUGUUAAGCGCCACAUGUUUACACACACUGGAGAGGACUCUCAUAUAUGUGUCCAGUGUGGAAAAACAUUUGCGCGUUUUGAAUAUCUGAAACACCACAUGCUUUUACACGGCGGAGAAAAGUGUGUCCAGUGUGGAAGAGCAUUUAGAACAUCCGAAGAUCUUGAACGCCACAUGCUUACAUGUACCCAGUGUGGAAACAUUUCUCCAAUGUCCACAGAACUUGAAUGCAAGCUGUGUGAAAAAACAUUUAGAACAUCCAAUUAUCUUCAACGCCACAUGCUUACAACACAUACGUGUACCCAGUGUGGAAAAGUUUUUCCAACGUCCACAGAAGUUAAACUUCACAUGCUGAUACACAACGGAGUGAAUUCCCAUGAAUGCCGCCUGUGUGAAAAAACAACAACAACAACAACAUCAACAGAGCAUAAACACCAUACACUUCCACAUAGUGACGAAAAACCUCAUAAAUGUGACCGGUGUGGAAAAGGUUUUGUACACAUAUCACUUCUCAAAAGCCACAUGCGAAUACACACCGAAGAGAAGUCUCAUUUGUGUGCCCAGUGUGGAAAAAUAUUUCUAAAGUCCUCAAAUCUGAAAAACCACAUGCUUACUCACACUGGAGAGAAACCUCAUGAAUGCGUCCAGUGUGGAAAAUCGUAUUCGUACAUUAGGAGUCUUAAAAACCAUAUGCGUACACACUCUGGGGAAGAGAAGGAUCAGGGGAGAAGUGAAUGUGUGCUGUGUGGAAUAGUCGUUACAAAUAUUAAAACUCACAUGUUUCUACAUACUGGAGAGAAGCCUCACAAAUGUGAACAGUGUGGAAAAGCUUUCGCACAAGCUUAUUAUCUUAAAACACAUAUGCUAGUACACACCGGAGAGAAACCUCAUAAAUGUGACCAGUGUGGAAAAGCUUUUGCACAAUCGGCAAAUCUUAGUAGCCACGUGCUAAUGAUGCACACUGGUAAGAAACAACAACUGGAAAGCAGUAAACGUCAAAUACCAAAUGUGUACAUUUUAAAUCUCCCGCUAGGUGGCGCUACUCAAUAAAUGAGUAAGCUCACAUUUUUCACUAGGUGACAGUGCACAAGAAAUUAAUCUAAGACCAAAUGCUAAGACACAAUGGAGAUUGUUUUCAUUAAUGUACUCAGUGGGGGAAAACAUUUAUAAGGUUUGUUAGUUUUAACAAUUAAAUUUGUUUUA